AUGGCUACACCCAGAGAACUACCACUGUCCCCACCCCAGUCAUCAGGUGGUGAGCUCACUCCAGAGCGAGCUUCGGACUCUAUGAGCGCUUGCGUUUCAUUUUAUAUUCCCAACGGCAUGGAACAUGUCAAGAUGGACGAGUUUGGCGCUGGUUCCUCAUCAAUGAUCUACGCGUCUCCUCCUUCCUACUUCCAACCUCACGGCUAUCCAACUCCUUUGCCCGCCUCAACUCCUAUGCACAUGCACAUGGGCCACACAGCUGUCCACACGCCUCCUCCAGGGGCUGAUGACUCUAUGGCCAUAAUGGAAUCCUCCCAAGUUCACUCCCCUUCAGGCCGUCGUGCCUCUCCCCCCAAAGCAAAGCUCAGCAGAACUCCUCGGGAACGCAACAAUCGUGCUCGAAGAGGCACCACUACGAAAAACGACCUCCCACUCAGCGCCCCGUUGAGCGAGCUGACCGCACAUAUGACCAAUAUCCCACUCCGGGAUAUGGAUGCAUGGGUACAUCGAUCAACGGAAGUUCGUCUGCAAGAGAAGGCCGAAAAGGGAAAGGUCGCCCGUCCCAUGAAUUCCUUUAUGCUUUACCGAUCUGCCUACGCUGAGCGUAGCAAGCGGUUGCUCAGCCAGAAUAACCAUCAAGUAGUCUCCAGUACUGCUGGGAGAAGCUGGAAAAUGGAGCCUGCAGAGAUUAGGGACAAAUAUGAGGAGCUGGCCCGGAUCGAGCGAGAAGCUCACUCUCGUGCCCACCCUACCUACAAGUUCAAGCCCAACAAGGGCCCCGCCACAACCACUCGCAGACGGGGGAGAACUCACACCUCCGACUCCAGCAGCGAUGAAUACUCGAUGGUACCCCCGAUGCACUGUCGGACCCAAAGCUUUGAGUACCCACUCAGCAGUCGAGCCUCCACUCCCUUCGGCUCGCCGGACUCCUUCAUAACGCAUGGUAGCUAUCUUGGCUCAUCAUGGAACACAAGCCAUCCCGGCAUGCCAACCGUGCAGCCCCACGCUCUGAACAUGGGAUACGCCGAGGACUUGCAGUUUCGUCGCGGCAGCCCCAUGUCACAAGAAGUCUCAUACGGAGCCUCAAAUGGCCUAGCUGGGCUCCCAGGUGGCACUCAUGACGAUCUUCUCCAGCCUCAGGCAAUCCAGUUACUACCCGGUCAGCUUUCCAACGGCCACAUGGAUCCCCAGCUCCUCAACUUCCAGAGCGAUUCCCUGCCCAUCCCGGUGCCGAACGGCCCGAUCUAUUCCGCCUCCGACUUCCCUCCCUCUGGAUUCACUUCUUGGGAGGAGAUCCCUCCAGUCCAUUCCAGUCCGAUGCAAUAUCCCAUCUCUCAUAUGGCCGAUGACUACUUCCCAAACAUGCAUCAUGAUCCCAGCCUUGCCCCGUGGAUCCAUCAGCACGAAACACUCUAA